UUAGUGAGCACACAGACAGGACAAUGGAAAUUACCAAAUGACAGCGUGGGAUAAGAAAAGAAAUAACAUGAACAGAGAGUUGGAGAGGCCAAUGUCAUGACUGAAGGAUGCAGCUGCGGAUGCCACUUGAUAGGAAGUGUGAAGUUUCUUCUCAAUGGAAAGGAGAACAAAGUGUUGAAAAUAUUUAAGGAUAUGAGACUCAGAAAAGAAAAACAUGAAGGAAUAAUUCUGACAUUCUUUUGUUAAUGGGAUAAAAUAUUCAAGUUGUUGAAUUUCAACUACACACACAAGAGGAACCUAACUGGAUCCACACUGUGCCCUGCCGGGAUAAGCCGCUGAUAACAGAGGAUACAAGGAAAGGCCCUUAGAAGCAGUUUCAAAAGUACACACCUUAACCUCAAGGAAGAGCUGAGGGUGUCUCUCUGGCCUGGAACUCACACCCUGCGCUAAGCUGGCUUCCUAGUGGUCUCUACUUCUCAAAUGCUGGGAUGGGUUGCAAACUCACUCUACCACACUUUUUUAAUGGGUUCUGGAGAUAGAACUUGGAUCCUCCUGGUUGCAAGAGUGCAAAAGACUCGCGCAGUCCGCGGCCGCGGAGCUGGUCACCGGAACGAUCGGGAAGGUCUGGACAGUGAGUGGACGAAGGGACAGGAUCAAAGCACCCGGGCGAGUGUCGGGGGCCGUGGGCCACUCGGGAAGUAGCGCGCCCAGCGCCCACGCCGCGCCCUCGCCCCCGCGCGCGCCCUCGGCCCCCGGCGGCCGCCGCGCGCUGCGGGAGACGCGGAGCCCGAGGACCAGGCGCAGCCGCAGCCGCAGCCGCAGCCGGAGCCCAAGCCGCGGGGCCGGUGCGAAGAUGCACACUACCCAGAAGGACACGACGUACACCAAGAUCUUCGUGGGAGGGCUGCCCUACCACACCACCGACGCCAGCCUGCGCAAGUACUUCGAGGUCUUCGGAGACAUCGAGGAGGCGGUGGUCAUCACUGACCGGCAGACCGGCAAGUCCCGGGGCUACGGAUUUGUCACCAUGGCUGACCGGGCUGCUGCCGAAAGGGCCUGCAAGGAUCCCAACCCCAUCAUUGAUGGCAGGAAGGCCAACGUGAAUCUGGCAUACUUGGGAGCAAAACCAAGAAUCAUGCAGCCAGGUUUUGCCUUUGGUGUUCAACAGCUUCACCCAGCCCUUAUACAGAGACCUUUCGGGAUCCCUGCCCACUACGUCUACCCGCAGGCUUUUGUGCAGCCUGGAGUGGUUAUUCCCCACGUCCAGCCCACAGCAGCUGCGGCUUCCACCACGCCAUACAUUGAUUACACUGGAGCUGCCUACGCACAAUACUCCGCGGCGGCAGCUGCAGCCGCAGCAGCAGCUGCCUAUGACCAGUAUCCCUAUGCAGCAUCCCCAGCUGCUGCAGGCUACGUGACCACUGGGGGCUACAGCUAUGCUGUCCAGCAGCCAAUCACCGCCGCUGCACCUGGGACGGCCGCGGCUGCGGCUGCAGCAGCUGCAGCCGCAGCAGCCUUUGGCCAGUACCAGCCUCAACAGCUGCAGACAGACAGAAUGCAGUAGACCCGCCGUCUGAUCAAAGUCAAAAGUGUUUCUCUUCCCCUCCCAAUUUCCCAGUUUUUAGUAGCUGAUGAGAACGAUAAUGUUGACUUAAUAGCUUUAAAGGGAGAAAGCAAAGCUAUUGUGAAGCGGAGGCAUUACUUUUUUCAUACUCUGGGUUGUGCUGAGGAUGAAGAGAGGAGACUGGGAGAGCGAGAAGCAGUUUUUGAAGUCAAUCCCAAAGAGCCUGAGUUACACAGAAUAGCCACUAGGACCUGAUGGCAGGGUUAUCAAUGGGACUUCACUUUUGUAUUGGGAUUUUUAUUUUUUGCUCUUUUUAUAGUAUCAGGGAAGCAAACUGCCUUUUCCAAGUUAGAAAAUGCUAUGUGAAUCUAGUUGAACCAGGGAAUACGGAGUGAGCAAUAUGUAGCUUGCAUUAUGUGUAAACGUAGACUUUUAAAAACAAACGCGAUAGGCAGAAGCGCUGGCUGUCCUUCCUUUGCAGUCACCGCAGCCUGCAGAACUUUAUUGAGGCAGAAGGUAGCGUUUGCGCUAUCUCAAAAAUGGGCAUCGAACAAUCAGUUUCGGAGUAUGGCGGCAGGUACAGUGGUAGGCAGGUACCAAAGCUAUUUUCUCAUCUGUCCUGUGGGCUCGUGGGAUUUCGGAGCAACUGAUACUGUACCAGCCGCUCCGACAAUCAAUGGCACACACAGUUCUGGAAAUGGUCCGUCACGUGUACUUGUUGGGAGGAGCUUGUCACAUACUAAUCCCUCUCCGCAUCUGCUGGUCAGGCUUUCACCAGCACCACUUUUUCUAUUUAUUGUACGGACUGGGGGUUAUGAGUGAAGGCAGGCGAGGCUUGCAGAUGCUCAACCCUUCGGGACUGUCUGGAGGGCCUUUAUUUUCUUCCCCUGUUUCGAAUAAUUUUACACAUUUUAGUAUCUAUUUCAGAGUCCUAUUUAAGACUAUUUAUUAGUGACUACAGUACCUAAGACAGCAAGGUUCUUGACAUUACAAUUCUUUGAUGGUUGAUGGUCGUGUACUUUCUAAUGUGCCUUAAUAAUAAUCCUAUUUAAGAUAUUUAUUUUUAAGUUUUACUAUGCCGCACUCUAAAGGAAGGAACUUUAGACGUGACACUGUAAAAUUAUGUAUUCAUCUCAUGGCAUAAGUUAUUUAGUAGGUCUAGAUGUAGCAUAUUAAAUAUUAACCUAUUCAACUAAAGAUGUUGGCUUGGAUUUAUUUAAAUUCAUAUGUGCACUGUUCAAGAGGGUACUCUUACCUGAACACAUUUGAGUCUAUUUUAGUCUUGAGAGUUUUUUUUUUUCUUAAAACAAGCUACGUUGCUGGUUCUGUGCUUCCUUCUCUGGGUUGUUUUACCCCUGUGGAUCUCAUCUAUCAGAAACUCAUGACUUCCCUACUUUCCUUGUGUAGUGUAUGUAGUUUUAAAAUACUGCUUUAUAUUUUCCUUCUGAAAGUGCGAUACUUGCAAUUUUUACUCUUAAACUAAAUUGAAUACUAUUUUACACUGUAUUGGACUUUUAUACUUGAAGAACUUCAUACAAGGGACAACAGGUUAGCGUUUUUAUGGUCUUUCUCCAUUGUCACUGGAUUUAAGUAUUCCCGUACCAGACAGUGGUAUGCAAUGGAGAUGUGACUCUCCUGUGCAAAUUAUUUAUUUGUUGUGUAUAUCGCUUUAUAACAUUUCAGAUCUUCUAAUCUAUUCACUUGUAUUAAAUAUAAUUUUUAAAAA